AUGCUAACAAUGGAUAAGUGCCAACACAUUGGGCAGUUGCAGCUUGCUCAAGAGCAUUCCAUCCUCAACCCGCAGAAAUGGCAUUGUGUGGACUGCAAUACAACUGAGUCGAUUUGGGCUUGCCUUAGCUGUUCUCAUGUUGCGUGUGGAAGAUAUAUUGAAGAACAUGCACUCAGGCACUUUCAAGAAAGCAGUCAUCCUGUUGCAUUGGAGGUGAAUGAGAUGUAUGUUUUUUGUUACCUCUGUGAUGAUUAUGUUCUUAAUGAUAAUGCAACUGGAGACCUAAAGUUACUACGAAGUACAUUAAGUGCAAUCAAAAGUCAAAAUUAUCACUGCACCACUCGUAGUGGAAGGGUUUUACGGUCUGUGGGUACAAGUGAUGAUUCCUAUUUCUUACAUGAUGGCACCCAAUCUCUGCUUCAAAAUGAAGACCAAAUGUAUACUGCUCUUUGGCACAGGAGAAGGAUACUCAUGGGUAAAAUCUUUCGAACUUGGUUUGAGCAGUCACCCAUUGGAAGAAAAAGGCAAGAACAGCAAGAACAAUUUCAGGAGAAAUUAGCAAAAAAAGAGGUGAAGAAAAGACGACAAGAACUAUUAGAACAUCAAGCUAAAGCAGAAUUAGAAAGUAUGCCUCCCAGAAAGAAUUUACGUUUGCAAGGUCUAGCUCAGUCCACCACAGUAGAAAUAGUUCCUUCACCGCUGCAAACCUCAGCAUUGCCAGCAAAAGAUAAAGUAGUAUCUACCUCAGAAGAUGUAAGAUUGAAAGAGGCUGAUGACUCCUCUGUUAAACGAAGGCCAACAGUAACUCCUGGUGUAACAGGAUUGAGAAAUUUGGGAAACACUUGCUAUGUGAAUUCUGUUCUCCAAGUAUUGAGUCAUUUACUUAUUUUUCGACAAUGUUUUUUAAAACUUGAUCUGAACCAAUGGCUGGCUGUGACAGCUAGUGAUAAAACAAGAUCAUCUUAUAAGCAUCCUCCAGUCACAGAUACAGUAUCUCAAAUGAAUGAAUGUCAAGAAAAAGAGCCAUAUUCUGUGCACUUCAGACAUCCAAGUUUAUCAUCAGGACUAAGUGGCGGAGCACCAAAGAGUAGAAAGAUGGAACUUAUUCAGCCAAGGGAGCCAAGUUCACAAUACAUUUCUCUUUGUCAUGAACUGCAUACUUUGUUCCAAGUCACGUGGUCUGGAAAGUGAGCCUUGGUCUCACCAUUUGCUAUGCUACACUCAGUAUGGAGACUAAUUCCUGCUUUUCGUGGUUAUGGCCAACAGGAUGCUCAGGAAUUUCUUUGUGAGCUUUUGGAUAAAAUACAACAUGAACUAGAGACAACUGGUACCAAGUUACCAGCUCUUAUCCCUACUUCUCAAAGGAAACUUAUCAAGCAGGUUCUGAAUGUUGUGAAUAACAUUUUUCACGGACAGCUUCUUAGUCAGGUUACAUGUCUUGCAUGUGACAACAAAUCAAAUACCAUAGAACCUUUCUGGGACUUGUCACUGGAAUUCCCAGAAAGAUACCAAUGCAGUGGAAAAGAUAGUACUUCCCAGCCGUGUCUGGUUACUGAAAUGUUGACUAAGUUCACAGAAACCGAAGCUUUAGAAGGAAAAAUCUACAUGUGUGACCAGUGUAAUUAAAAACGUAGAAGGUUUUCCUCAAAACCAGUUAUACUCACAGAAGCACAAAAACAGCUUAUGAUUUGCCACCUACCUCAGGUUCUCAGACUCCAUCUGAAACGAUUCAGGUGGUCAGGAUGUAAUAACCGAGAGAAGGUUGGUGUUCAUGUUGGCUUUGAAGAAAUCUUAAACAUGGAGCCCUAUUGCUGCAGGGAAUCCCUGAAGUCCCUCAGACCAGAAUGUUGUAUGUAUGACUUAUCUGCUGUGGUAAUGCACCAUGGGAAGGGAUUCAGCUCAGGACACUACACUGCCUACUGUUACAAUUCUGAAGGAGGAUUCUGGGUACACUGCAAUGAUUCCAAGCUAAGCAUGUGCACUCUGGAUGAAGUACACAAGGCCCAAGCUUAUAUCUUGUUUUAUACCCAGCGAGUUACUGAGGGACAUUCUGAACUCCUGCCUCCAGAACUCCUGAAUGGUAGCCAACAUCCCAGUGAAGAAGCUGAUACCUCUUCUAAUGAAAUCCUUAGCUGA